AUGGAAGAAAGGGAACUUGAUGAAAGGGAUGGCAGUAAUGAUUAUGAACUUAUGAGAAGGGAUGAGGAAGAAGCAUUAGAGAAAAUUCCGAUCCGCCCGGAGAAUGGAAGAUGGAGACGAAAAUGGCGAAUCAUAAAUCCUUGGAUUUGGAUAGGAUUUAGUAUUUGGUCUAUACUCACGACGAGGAGGCUUCUGAUCGCGGAUUUUCCAAUAUGUUUUCUCGUUUUAUUGCAAAUCGCUGCAUACGUUGGCUUGGGCAUUUUCGCGGUCUUGACAAGUUUUGUCGACUACUUCACGAGCGUCCCGGAUCUAAACCCUAGUCGCGGUCCGUCAUUUUUGCAAAGUCUUUUCGUUCUUACUAGAUACUGCCUCACGGUAUUCAUUUCGAUGGUCGCUUUAAUAUACAACGCGGAAGCGAUCAUGCUUUUCAACAAUUUGGCCGUGUUUGCUACAUUAUUAAUACUCAUAUAUGCGUUCGAUGCUUUACUAUUUAGUCUAGCAUAUGACUUACGAUUACUUCCUCGUGAUCAAGGCUUUGACAGAGCCAUUGUUGUUUGGGCUCUCGGCAUCGUUUGUCUUGCCUCAAUGAUUGUCUACAAUGAUUAUCGACUCAAUAUCGAAUCAUUUCAGUUUGCCAUACUCGGUGUGUUUCUCGUCAGUCUGGCAAGGACGAUAGCAGCGAUUGGAUAUCAAGUACCAUCUCCCAGAAAUCCUUCUUAUGGAGCCUCACUCUAUUUUAUGCUUUGGGGUGGAUUACCUCCAUGUUUGCUCGUCACUAUUUUCGCUGCGUACAGAUAUGAAGACUUCGGAGAGGCAUUUUCGGUUCUUCGGACUUGGGAAUUCCUGACCUUUGUGAAGAAUCUGACCCCCGGAGCAUUGACUCAUAUUCUUUGGAAUACUCCUUUACGAUCAACAUUGGCACUUUCUAUCGGUUCGAAGUCACCCUAUGAAUCCACCGAAGAAAAUGUUCCCGACGCAAUUGAUGCGACAGUUCAUCUAUCUUUGGGACUAAUGCUCAUGAGUACAUUCAAGGAAGAAAACACAAUGAACGGAUUUCAAAUCUUUGUGUUCAUGCUUAUCUACCUUAUUAGUCUGGGGCCAAAAGAAAUAAGCCUCUACAUUCCCAAAUUCGUGAAUUUUGUCUACACCAUACGACGAAAAUCUGGAAUACCAGCUCGAAAACUUUACUCAACAUGGCAUAAACCCAUAUUACUCUGGACCACCACCAUUUUAUUCACUAUCCUGAGUUCGAUGGGGAUACUUUACUGGAUGGAUACAAUCUCUAUCCGCCACAACCAGAAAUUUUGGACAGGCCCCAAGUCUCCAUCCCUGGAUACAAUCUACAGAGCGGCAACAAAAAAUCGUCUACAAAUUGUAAUCGCCCAUUCAGCUGGUGACUCAAUUCCUGCAAUUAAAGGAAUAGUAACAGGAAUUUUGAGUUCACAGCCUGCUGUUGUGGCUCAUAAGCCAGAUGUUUUGAUCUAUACGAAAGAUCCAUCCGAAGACAUUGUGAAGAAAAUUCGAGUUGAAGUGGGUUUCGGGGAUAUAUUUCCUCUUCCAAAUGUUGGAGGUCCAUCUGGCGUUUUCCUUCAUCAUAUAUUAAAGAAUUGGGACAAUUUACCUACUCAAACUCUUUUCAUCACCACGUCUCAACAUACAAUCGAUGAUUUUGAUCUCAUCGGUCGCCGAUUAUUCGAUUAUUACAACCCUGCUCAGCUACCACCAGCAGCAGAGAACUCGGAUAUAUUGACUGGAUUCCUCAACUUAGGAGAACUGGAAACAUGUGAUUGUUAUGGAUGUUAUGAUAAAAGUGGCUGGAAUGAUACAUUUAGACUCAUCCCGAGUAUGUGGUCUGCAUCUCGUCCUGCUGGAAAGGACGAGACGCCUUAUAGAUGCCAAAAAGUGAUCUUAACACAUGGGAACAAUUUCAUUGCUUCAGCGGCGCGCAUUCGGGGAGUUGGGAAAGACAUCUGGGAAACUCUGGAUGAUGCUCUCUCAAACCCUUCACUGAGUAGGGGCUGGGCUCACGAUAGAUUGAAAUUGGGUCCAGAAGGAAGGAAUUCGAAGAUGUUUGGUGAGAAAGAUAGUUUAGAGAAACCGCAUUUAGGAUAUACUGUUGAGAGAUUAUGGGGGAUCUUGCUAGGAUGUUCAAAUCAAAAAAUUGCAUGGAGAUGUCCUAAUUUGUGGAAGGGAUGGAGGAGAGGUGGGGAGAAGGAGGACUGUGCCUGCAGAGAUUGA